AUGACACGUGGCAGACAAGAGAGCAACGCUGAUGGAUCUAACAUCUACAGAGAUCAGGAUCGUUGUUUCGAUGGAGGAUGUGAUUUGGCGGACGUAAUUCGUCAAAUGAUGGAGACCAUGAAGCAGCAACAGGAAGUAAUCCUGAGACAGAACCAACAAUGCCCACUGAUUGAGAACCGAGGGUGCCCCUAUGAGAAGUUCCUAAUAUAUAGAUACCCCAAUUUCAUGGGAACUGAGGGACCCAUGAAAGCUAACAAGUGGCUAUUAGAUCUCGACAAGACCUUCGAGAUCAACGGUUGUACUGGGGAACAGAAGGAGAGGUUUAAGGGGGAAUUCGACAAUCGUUUCUUCCCAGAGUCAAUGAAGACUCAGAAGGCCCAGGAGUUUGCCACAUUGGUACAAGGCAAUCUCACUGUUGAGCAGUACGCUGCGAAGUUUAUGGAGCUUGGAAGGUUUGCCCCACAUUUGAUUGCUACUGAGAAAAUGCAAGCCCAGAAGUUUCAAGUAAGGCUGAAUCCUAGAAUUCACAGUUAUGUGGCUGGAUUCUGCAUCCACAACUUCCAAGAGUUGGUUAAUGUGGUUGCAAUAGCGGAGGCGAAACAGCGAAGUGUGACAGCUCAGAUCAACCUUGAGAGAAAGAGCGCUUCUACCUUCACUACUAGUGGGAAUAAUGCUAAGAGGAGGAUUAUUCAAGGAGUUAACAAGGGAAAAUGCGUUAUAAUAGCUCCACCUGUCACCUGCUAG